AUGAGCGGUAGCGGCGGUGGCGCCGCCGCCCCGGCCUCGUCCUCGUCCUCCGGCCCCGCGGCGGCGGCAGCGGCGGGGGCGGCGGCGGCGGUCAGCGCGGCGGGAUCGGGCUGCGGGGGCGGCGCCGGCGACGGAGCCGAGGAGGCCGCCAAGGACCUGGCCGACAUCGCGGCCUUCUUCCGAUCCGGGUUUCGAAAAAACGAUGAAAUGAAAGCUAUGGAUGUUUUACCCAUUCUGAAGGAAAAAGUUGCAUACCUUUCAGGCGGCAGAGACAAGCGUGGCGGUCCCAUCCUAACAUUUCCAGCCCGCAGCAAUCAUGACCGAAUACGGCAGGAGGACCUCCGGAGGCUCAUCGCGUACCUGGCCUGCAUUCCCAGCGAGGAGGUGUGCAAGCGAGGCUUCACGGUGAUCGUGGACAUGCGCGGGUCCAAGUGGGACUCCAUCAAGCCGCUGCUGAAGAUCCUGCAGGAGGCCUUCCCUUGCUGCAUCCACAUCGCCCUGAUCAUCAAGCCGGACAACUUCUGGCAGAAACAGAGGACGAACUUUGGCAGUUCUAAGUUUGAAUUUGAGACGAAUAUGGUCUCUUUAGAAGGCCUUACCAAAGUCGUUGAUCCUUCCCAGCUGACUCCCGAGUUCGACGGCUGCCUAGAGUACAACCACGAAGAGUGGAUUGAAAUCAGAGUAGCUUUUGAGGACUACAUCAGCAACGCAACCCACAUGCUGUCCCGGCUAGAGGAGCUUCAGGACAUCCUUGCAAAAAAGGAGUUGCCUCAGGACCUCGAGGGGGCCCGCAGCAUGAUCGAGGAGCACUCCCAGCUGAAGAAGAAGGUGGUGAAGGCGCCCAUCGAGGACUUGGACGUGGAGGGCCAGAAGCUGCUCCAGAGGAUCCAGAGCAGCGGCAGCUUUCCCAAGAAGAACUCGGGCUCGGGCAACGCGGACCUGCAGAACCUCCUGCCCAAGGUGUCCUCCACGCUGGACAGGCUGCACUCCACGCGGCAGCACCUCCACCAGAUGUGGCACGUCAGGAAACUGAAGCUGGACCAGUGCUUCCAGCUGCGGCUGUUUGAACAGGAUGCGGAGAAGAUGUUUGACUGGAUCACACACAACAAAGGACUCUUCCUGAACAGCUACACAGAGAUCGGGACCAGCCACCCCCAUGCGAUGGAGCUUCAGACGCAACACAACCACUUUGCCAUGAACUGUAUGAACGUGUACGUAAACAUCAACCGCAUCAUGUCGGUGGCCAGCCGCCUGGUGGAGUCGGGCCACUACGCCUCUGUGCAGAUCAAGCAGAUCGCCAGCCAGCUGGAGCAGGAGUGGAAGGCCUUUGCGGCAGCCCUGGACGAGCGCAGCACGCUGCUGGACAUGUCCUCCAUCUUCCACCAGAAGGCCGAAAAGUACAUGAGCAACGUGGACUCGUGGUGUAAGGCCUGCGGCGAGGUGGACCUUCCCUCUGAGCUGCAGGACCUGGAAGACGCCAUUCAUCACCACCAGGGGAUCUACGAGCACAUCACCCUUGCGUAUUCUGAGGUGAGCCAAGACGGGAAGUCACUUCUAGACAAGCUCCAGCGACCCCUGACCCCUGGCAGCUCUGAUUCCCUCACGGCCUCCGCCAACUAUUCCAAGGCCGUGCGCCACGUCCUGGACGCCAUCCACGAGGUGCUGCACCACCAGCGGCAGCUGGAGAACAUCUGGCAGCACCGCAAGGUCCGGCUGCACCAGCGGCUGCAGCUCUGCGUCUUCCAGCAGGAUGUGCAGCAGGUGCUGGACUGGAUCGAGAACCACGGAGAAGCCUUUCUGAGCAAGCAUACGGGCGUGGGGAAAUCACUGCAUCGGGCCAGAGCUUUGCAGAAACGCCACGAAGAUUUUGAGGAAGUAGCCCAGAACACAUACACCAACGCGGACAAGCUGCUGGAGGCAGCUGAGCAGCUGGCGCAGACGGGGGAAUGCGACCCGGAGGAGAUCUACCAGGCUGCCCAUCAGCUGGAAGACCGGAUCCAAGAUUUUGUUCGGCGAGUUGAACAACGGAAGAUCCUACUGGACAUGUCGGUGUCCUUUCAUACCCAUGUAAAAGAGCUGUGGACAUGGCUGGAGGAGCUGCAGAAGGAGCUGCUGGACGACGUGUACGCCGAGUCGGUGGAGGCCGUGCAGGACCUCAUCAAGCGCUUCGGCCAGCAGCAGCAGACCACGCUGCAGGUGACAGUCAACGUGAUCAAGGAAGGGGAGGACCUCAUUCAGCAGCUGAGGGACUCUGCCAUCUCCAGCAACAAGACCCCCCACAACAGCUCCAUCAACCACAUCGAAACGGUGCUGCAGCAGCUGGACGAGGCGCAGUCGCAGAUGGAGGAGCUCUUUCAGGAGCGCAAAAUCAAGCUGGAGCUCUUCCUGCAGCUGCGCAUAUUCGAGAGGGACGCCAUCGACAUCAUCUCUGACCUGGAGUCCUGGAACGAUGAGCUCUCGCAGCAGAUGAGCGACUUUGACACAGAGGACCUGACCGUCGCGGAGCAGCGGCUCCAGCACCAUGCAGACAAAGCUCUAACCAUGAACAACUUGACUUUCGAUGUCAUCCACCAAGGGCAGGACCUUCUGCAGUAUGUCAACGAAGUCCAGGCCUCUGGCGUGGAGCUGCUCUGCGAUAGGGAUGUGGACAUGGCCACUCGAGUCCAGGACCUGUUGGAGUUUCUUCAUGAAAAGCAGCAGGAGUUGGACUUGGCCUCCGAGCAGCACCGGAAACACUUGGAGCAGUGUGUGCAGCUGCGCCACCUGCAGGCGGAGGUGAAGCAGGUGCUGGGCUGGAUCCGCAACGGCGAGUCCAUGUUAAAUGCCGGUCUUAUCACCGCCAGCUCGCUGCAGGAGGCCGAGCAGCUACAGAGGGAGCAUGAGCAGUUCCAGCACGCCAUCGAGAAAACACACCAGAGCGCACUCCAGGUCCAGCAGAAAGCGGAGGCCAUGCUGCAGGCCAACCACUACGACAUGGACAUGAUCCGCGACUGUGCCGAGAAGGUGGCCUCACACUGGCAGCAGCUCAUGCUCAAGAUGGAAGACCGCCUCAAGCUUGUCAACGCCUCUGUCGCCUUCUACAAGACUUCAGAGCAGGUCUGCAGUGUCCUGGAGAGCCUGGAGCAGGAGUACAAGAGAGAGGAAGACUGGUGUGGGGGGGCCGACAAGCUGGGCCCCAAUUCUGAGACAGACCACGUCACCCCAAUGAUCAGCAAACAUCUUGAGCAGAAGGAGGCAUUCCUGAAGGCUUGCACACUCGCCAGAAGGAACGCCGACGUCUUCCUGAAGUACCUGCACAGAAACAGCGUGAACAUGCCCGGCAUGGUGACGCACGUCAAGGCUCCAGAGCAGCAAGUGAAAAAUAUCUUGAAUGAACUCUUCCAGCGGGAAAACAGGGUAUUGCACUAUUGGACCAUGAGGAAGAGAAGGCUGGACCAGUGCCAACAGUACGUGGUCUUUGAAAGAAGUGCCAAGCAGGCGCUGGAGUGGAUCCACGACAACGGGGAGUUCUACCUGUCCACACACACCUCCACGGGCUCCAGCAUCCAGCACACCCAGGAGCUGCUGAAGGAGCACGAGGAGUUUCAGAUCACCGCCAAGCAAACCAAAGAGAGGGUGAAGCUCUUGAUACAGCUGGCCGAUGGCUUUUGUGAAAAGGGGCAUGCCCAUGCAGCAGAAAUUAAAAAAUGCGUGACUGCGGUCGAUAAGAGGUACAGAGAUUUCUCUCUGCGCAUGGAGAAGUACCGGGCCUCUCUGGAGAAAGCCCUGGGGAUUUCUUCAGAUUCCAACAAAUCGAGUAAGAGUCUGCAGCUGGACAUCAUCCCCGCCAGCAUCCCCGGGUCGGAGGUGAAGCUUCGCGAUGCUGCUCACGAGCUCAACGAGGAAAAGCGGAAGUCCGCCCGCCGGAAGGAGUUCAUAAUGGCAGAACUCAUUCAGACUGAAAAGGCUUAUGUAAGAGACCUCCGGGAGUGUAUGGACACGUACCUGUGGGAAAUGACCAGCGGUGUGGAGGAGAUCCCACCUGGCAUUGUGAACAAGGAGCUUGUUAUCUUUGGGAACAUGCAAGAGAUCCACGAGUUCCACAAUAACAUCUUCCUGAAGGAGCUGGAAAAAUAUGAGCAGCUGCCUGAGGAUGUCGGACACUGCUUUGUCACCUGGGCAGACAAGUUUCAGAUGUAUGUUACAUACUGUAAAAAUAAGCCUGAUUCUACUCAGCUGAUACUGGAGCAUGCAGGGUCCUACUUUGAUGAGAUACAGCAGCGGCACGGGCUCGCCAAUUCCAUCUCCUCCUACCUUAUUAAGCCGGUUCAGCGCAUUACGAAGUAUCAGCUCCUUUUAAAAGAGCUGCUCACAUGCUGUGAGGAAGGGAAGGGGGAGAUUAAGGAUGGCCUCGAGGUGAUGCUCAGCGUGCCGAAGCGAGCCAACGACGCCAUGCACCUCAGCAUGCUGGAAGGGUUUGAUGAAAACAUUGAGUCUCAGGGAGAACUCAUCCUGCAGGAAUCCUUCCAAGUGUGGGACCCAAAAACCUUAAUUCGAAAGGGUCGAGAACGGCAUCUCUUCCUUUUUGAAAUGUCCUUAGUAUUUAGUAAAGAAGUAAAAGAUUCCAGUGGGAGAAGCAAGUACCUUUACAAAAGCAAAUUAUUUACCUCCGAGUUGGGCGUCACAGAACAUGUUGAAGGAGAUCCUUGCAAGUUUGCACUGUGGGUGGGAAGGACACCAACUUCAGAUAAUAAAAUCGUCCUUAAGGCGUCCAGUGUCGAGAAUAAGCAGGACUGGAUAAAGCACAUCCGCGAGGUGAUCCAGGAGAGGACCAUCCACCUUAGAGGAGCCCUGAAAGAGCCCAUUCACAUCCCCAAAACGGCGCCAGCGCCAAGACAGAAGGGAAGAAGGGACGGAGAGGACCUGGAUAGCCAGGGGGAUGGCAGCAGCCAGCCUGACACGAUCUCCAUUGCCUCCCGGACCUCUCAGAAUACACUGGACAGUGAUAAGCUCUCUGGUGGCUGUGAGCUGACGGUGGUGAUCCACGACUUCACGGCCUGCAACAGCAACGAGCUGACCAUCCGGCGUGGCCAGACGGUGGAGGUAGUGGAGCGGCCGCACGACAAGCCUGACUGGUGCCUGGUGCGCACCACUGACCGGUCGCCUGCGGCAGAAGGCCUGGUGCCCUGCGGCUCCCUGUGCAUUGCCCACUCGCGAAGCAGCAUGGAGAUGGAGGGCAUCUUCAACCACAAAGACUCGCUGUCUGUCUCCAGUAACGAUGCCAGUCCACCAGCCUCCGUGGCGUCCCUCCAGCCCCACAUGAUCGGGGCCCAGAGCUCACCGGGCCCCAAGCGGCCGGGCAACACCCUUCGCAAAUGGCUCACGAGCCCCGUGCGGCGGCUGAGCAGCGGCAAGGCGGACGGGCACGUGAAGAAGCUGGCGCACAAGCACAAGAAGAGCAGGGACGUCCGCAAGAGCGCCGACGCCGGCUCGCAGAAGGACUCGGACGACAGCGCCGCCACGCCCCAGGACGAGACCGUGGAAGAGCGAGGCCGGAACGAAGGCCUCAGCAGUGGCACGCUGUCCAAGUCCUCCUCGUCGGGGAUGCAGAGCUGUGGCGAAGAGGAGGGGGAGGAGGGCGCCGACGCCGUGCCGCUGCCCCCGCCCAUGGCCAUCCAGCAGCACAGCCUGCUUCAGCCGGACUCGCAGGACGACAAGGCCUCUCGGUUACUAGUCCGCCCCACCAGCUCCGAAACGCCCAGUGCAGCCGAACUUGUCAGUGCCAUCGAGGAGCUUGUGAGAAGCAAGAUGGCCCUGGAGGACCGUCCCAGCUCACUCCUCGUUGACCAGGGCGACAGCAGCAGCCCCUCCUUCAACCCCUCAGACACCUCCCUCCUCUCGUCGUCCUCGCCCAUCGAUGAGAUGGAAGAAAGGAAAUCCAGCUCUCUCAAAAGAAGGCACUAUGUUUUACAAGAAUUGGUGGAGACAGAGCGUGACUAUGUACGUGACCUUGGCUAUGUGGUCGAGGGCUACAUGGCACUGAUGAAGGAAGACGGUGUUCCUGAUGACAUGAAGGGAAAAGACAAGAUUGUGUUUGGCAACAUCCAUCAGAUCUAUGACUGGCACAGAGACUUUUUUUUAGGAGAAUUAGAGAAGUGCCUUGAAGAUCCAGAAAAACUAGGCUCCCUUUUUGUUAAACACGAGAGAAGGUUGCACAUGUACAUAGUGUAUUGUCAGAAUAAACCAAAGUCUGAGCACAUUGUCUCGGAGUACAUUGAUACCUUUUUUGAGGACUUAAAACAGCGCCUUGGCCACAGGCUACAGCUCACAGAUCUGUUGAUCAAGCCCGUGCAGAGGAUCAUGAAGUACCAGCUGCUGCUAAAGGACUUCCUCAAGUACUCCAAAAAAGCUAGCCUGGACACAUCAGAACUCGAGAAAGCCGUGGAAGUCAUGUGCAUCGUGCCGAAGCGGUGCAACGACAUGAUGAACGUGGGGCGGCUGCAAGGCUUUGACGGUAAAAUUGUUGCCCAGGGUAAACUGCUCUUGCAGGACACAUUCUUGGUCACAGACCAAGAUGCAGGACUUCUGCCUCGCUGCAAGGAGAGGCGGGUCUUCCUCUUUGAGCAGAUCGUCAUAUUCAGCGAGCCGCUUGACAAGAAGAAGGGCUUCUCCCUGCCAGGGUUCCUGUUCAAGAGCAGCAUCAAGGUGAGUUGCCUCUGCCUGGAGGAAAACGUGGAAAACGAUCCCUGUAAAUUUGCUCUGACGUCAAGGACAGGUGAUGCUGUAGAGACCUUCAUUUUGCAUUCAUCAAGUCCAAGUGUCCGGCAAACAUGGAUCCAUGAAAUCAACCAAAUUUUAGAAAACCAGCGCAAUUUUCUAAAUGCCUUGACAUCGCCCAUCGAGUAUCAGAGGAACCACAGCGGGGGCGGCGGCGGUGGGGCCUCCGGGGCUGGCAGCGGCAGCCAUGGCACUGGCCCCAGCAGCUGCAGCAGCAUCCCGGGCUCGAGCAGGAGCAGGCCCUCCCGGAUCCCACAGCCUGUCAGACACCACCCCCCCACGCUGGUCUCCUCUGCAGCCUCGAGCCAAGCAGAGGCAGACAAGAUGUCAGGUACGUCUGCUCCGAGCCCCUCACUGCCUCCCCCCAGCAGCAGCCUGGCCCUUGAGGCCAGCCUUGGCCAGCCCAGCAGGCUCCCCCCGAGUGCAGACUCCGAGGCUCCUGAACGCGAAGCAGAGCCUAUUCCCAAGAUGAAGGUGAUGGAGAGCCCCAGGAAAGCCCCGGGGAGUGCUGCUGGUGCCAGCCAGGAUGCGAGCAGCAAGGACGCGCGGGGACACCUGGGUGCCCUGCCUCUAGGCAAGCCCAGGCCCGGGGCCAUCUCGCCGCUGAACUCUCCUCUCUCCACCACGUUCCCUUCUCCUCUUGGCAAGGAGCCCUUUCCCCCCAGUAGUCCCCUGCAAAAGGGGGGCUCCUUCUGGAGCGCCAUCCCUGCUUCCCCUGCCAGCCGGCCAGGCUCCUUCACCUUUCCAGGGGACAGUGACUCCCUCCAACGACAGACGCACCGCCACGCGGCCCCAAGCAAGGACACAGACCGCAUGAGCACGUGCUCCUCGGCCAGUGAGCAGUCCGUGCAGUCCACCCAGAGCAACGGGAGUGAAGGCAGCAGCAGUAGCAGCAUCUCCACCAUGCUGGUGACGCACGAUUACACGGCAGUGAAGGAGGAUGAGAUCAACGUCUACCAAGGAGAGGUCGUCCAAAUUCUGGCCAGCAACCAGCAGAGCAUGUUUCUGGUGUUCCGAGCCGCCACUGACCAGUGCCCCGCAGCCGAGGGCUGGAUCCCGGGCUUCGUCCUGGGCCACACCAGUGCGGUCAUCAUGGAGAACCCGGACGGGACUCUCAAGAAAUCAACAUCUUGGCACACAGCACUCCGUUUAAGGAAAAAAUCUGAGAAAAAAGAGAAAGAUGGCAAAAGGGAAGGCAAGUUAGAGAAUGGGUACCGGAAAUCACGAGAAGGACUCAGCAAUAAGGUGUCUGUGAAGCUUCUCAACCCCAACUAUAUUUAUGACGUUCCCCCAGAAUUUGUCACCCCACUGAGUGAGGUCACAUGUGAGACAGGAGAGACCGUUAUUCUUAGAUGUCGUGUGUGUGGCCGCCCCAAAGCCUCAAUCACCUGGAAGGGCCCAGAACACAACUCCUUGGACAGCGACGGCCACUAUAGCAUCUCCUACAGUGACGCGGGGGAGGCCGCUCUGAAGAUCGUUGGCGUGACCACAGAAGACGACGGCAUCUACACUUGCAUCGCUGUGAACGACAUGGGCUCCGCUUCCUCUUCGGCCAGUCUGAGGGUUCUAGGUCCAGGGAGCGAUGGGGUCGUGGUGACCUGGAAGGACAACUUUGACUCCUUGUACAGCGAAGUGGCCGAGCUCGGCAGGGGCAGAUUUGCUGUAGUUAAGAAAUGUGAUCAGAAAGGACCCAAACGAGCAGUGGCCGCCAAGUUCGUGAGCAAGAAGCUAAUGAAGCGCGACCAGGUCACCCGUGAGCUUGGCACCCUGCAGAGCCUCCGGCACCCCCUCCUCGUGGGCCUCCUGGACACCUUCGAGACCCCCAGCAGCUACGUCCUGCUUCUGGAAAUGGCCGACCAGGGUCGCCUCCUGGACUGUGUGGUGCGAUGGGGAAACCUGACCGAAGGGAAGAUCCGAGCGCAUCUGGGGGAGGUUCUGGAAGCCGUCCGAUACCUUCACAACUGCAGGAUAGCACACCUGGACCUAAAGCCUGAGAACAUCCUGGUGGAUCAGAGUUUGGCCAAGCCAACCAUUAAACUGACAGACUUUGGUGACGCUGUCCAGCUCAACACCACCUACUACAUCCACCAGCUGCUGGGGAAUCCCGAGUUUGCAGCCCCUGAAGUCAUCCUUGGGAACCCCGUCUCCCUGACCUCAGACCUGUGGAGCGUCGGAGUGCUCGCCUACGUGCUGCUCAGCGGCGUGUCCCCCUUCCUGGACGACAGCGUGGAAGAGACCUGCCUGAACAUUUGCCGGCUGGACUUCAGCUUCCCGGAGGAUUACUUUAAAGGAGUGAGCCAGAUGGCCAAGGAGUUCGUGUGCCUCCUCCUGCAGGAGGACCCGGCCAAGCGUCCCUCGGCUGCACUGGCCCUGCAGGAGCAGUGGCUGCAGGCGGGCAACGGCAGCAAAGGCGCGGGCGUCCUCGACACGUCCAGACUGACCUCCUUCAUUGAGCGGCGCAAACACCAGAAUGAUGUUCGACCUAUUCGGAGCAUUAAAAACUUCUUACAGAGCAGGCUUCUGCCUAGAGUUUGACCUAUCCUGAAGUUCUUUCUCAUUCUCUUUCACCUGCCAAUCAGCUGAUAGUUUGAAUUUUGAACAGUAAAACCAGCCAAAUGAAGUGACCAGCUGCCGGCUGUUAACACAUGGUGUGAAAUUGCAUCCAAGCGAGCUGUGCUGAGCAGCGCUUGGACUCCGAGCUGCAAGCUGCGCCGGGUGGACACGGCCUUCACUACGCUCUGCGGAUGACGCUGCGGAGAGCGCGUUGCUGUAUCACGGUAUUUUAUUCAGGUUUCUGCAAAAAAAUAAGAUACUUUUUUAAAUGAACAUGGAUAGAAUUUUGCAAAUUAAACAUUUUCAAAAUUUAUUCAAGGAAACAAAAUGCCUAUGUUCAACCACUGGUGUUCACGAACAAAACAAGGAUACUGUGCGUGUCUGGGGAAGCCUGGCCCAGGUGGCGGCCGUGCCCAUGGGCAGUGCUUGGCAUCCACCUGCCGCUGAGCUUUCCCAGCUGCCUCGUCAGUGUGUCUUGCUGGACGCUAGGUCUGGCUUCCAAAACAUGCAUUCAACCUCAGUCUCUUGCAUAAAAUAGAAUGAAUCGUUUUGCUCUGAUGAAAUGUAGGCCUUACUUGUAUAUAAGACUGUUCCUGCCUCUGGUCUGGCAUCUUUUCCCUUCCUUUCCCUCCCACCCACCGCCUGGGCCUUCCUCCGGGGGUCUGAGGUCUGCCCGCCCACCAGGGACUUGUGGUUGGGCCCGGCUCUGCCUCCCCACUCCCCAGCCCCACCCACACCGUCACCCCGAUUGCUGACCGGUGUACAGUCCGAUGAAAAUACUGCAAAUGCACUCAUUGGGGGAUUUUUGGUUUUAUUUCAUAUCAUGUGCAAUGUUGUGGUUUUAACAUUUUAUGCAACUAUUUAUGAAGCCCUCUGUUGUACCUGUAAUCCAUAGAUAAAGCACACGCGUCGUACGGUGAGCUUCAUGGUUGGGGGUCGUAGCCCUGUGCCGUCAGUUCAAGGAGGCUUGACUCUGUGGUUUUGUCAGUUUUAAGGACUGUAAAAAGUGAUUUCAUACUCUGAUAUAAAACUGGAUAAUAGGGUAAUGUUUUAAAUUUUAUUAUGCUAUUAUUCAGAAUGCCAAAGUAUUAUUUUUCUCCCAAAACCAGUCUGAACAUUUACUACUUUUUAGACUUUUUGACAUUCAACUUUCUGUACAAAAAUUGGCUGGAUUUUGAGCUUUUGGUAAGAAAGCCUGAGGCUCGUCCCGAUGUCUGCGCCUCCGUGGUGGAGCCGGGCUGCGGUGGGGAGUCCUUUAACGCAAGAGGCUGGAUUUCUGGCAUGCUUAAGUUUUUCUGGAUGUCUUUUUAUUGUGUGACAUACACUUAAAGAAAAUAGACCAGCCCACUUCCCAAACCAGCUAGACAUCUUGGUCUUGAGCCAUAAACUGGCAUAAGUAAGCUUUUGCAGUUUCCAAUGCAUUUUAUUUAUUCUUUUGUUGGUUUUUUUGUUUGUUUCUUGUAAAAUUGUACAGAAACUUUUUAAAAGAAAUUGGAUUCAAACAACUGGAUAUGUAUCCGUAACCUCAUAAAUUUUAUUUGUGUAUUGUUUCUUUUAUUAUUUCAGUUAAAUUUUUACAUUAUUUUGCAUGUAUAUUUCUUUGUACAGAGACCUUACAUGUUUACACAGUAUGAUGUGAUGUAAAUAUUUUAUUUUGCCAUCAGUUAUUUUAAAAAAUUAAACAUAUUUGCCUGA